AUGGAUUAUUUUUGCUUUUUUAGGAUUUUCUCUAAUUCCUCAAACUUCUUGAGCCUUUUCCCCCUUUUCUCUGCUGUGGUCUUUAUUGCGUUGCAGACUUUCCUCAAAUGUCUGAUAAACGCCGGCUGCCAUUUAGGCUUUCACACGACGGCUGUCUGGGAGGUGCCGGGCAGGACCCUUGAGCACGAGGGGGCAGGGAUGUCCCUGCGCUGGGGGCCCUCUGAGCGCAGGUGGCAGAGAAGGUGCCCGGUGUCAGCUGCGGCACUGGCCGACGCGGGAGGCCGAGGGUCACGGGCCCCUCACUGCCUCCGGGCCCACCGGCCCGCUGCGCUCCGGGCUCCGUGCAGUGGAGCCAUGUGA